AAGUUAUAGAAAGUAAUUCUGAAGCUGUAAAAACAUUAUUAGAUGAUAYGAAGAAUGGUGAGAACAUCACAUUUGAAGAAUUCUUACAAAACUUGAAUUUAAAUAAAGAUGAUUACUUAGAUGCAGUCAAAUUCACACUUCAACGUGACACACUUCUAUUGAAAAGGUCACCAUCAGAAAUAAGAGUAAAUAGCUAUAACACAAAUCUUUUGAAAGCUUGGAGGGCUAAUAUGGACAUACAAUAUGUAUUAGAUCCUUAUGCUUGUGCAGUAUAUAUUCUUAACUAUAUAACUAAAGGACAAAGAGGAAUGAGUAGACUUUUAGAGACUGCWUGCAAUGAAGCAAAAUCAGGUGAUAAGAAUAUAAGAGAUAGAGUUAGGCACAUUGGAAAUAAGUUUCUCAAUGCUGUARAGAUAAGUGCACAAGAAGCAGUUAGUUUAUUUAGUCUUGCAAAUGCCUCUAAGAAGAGCAUCAAGAGAUUUUCAGUUUAUAAAUACUUCAAAUCCUGAUGAAAGAACUUUCUUACUAAAAUCAGUUGACAAACUUAAUGAUCUUCCUGAUCACYCGCUUGACAUAGAAUCAGACAAUAUUAUUAAGAAGUAUCAAAGAAGACCUCGCAACCUUGAACAUCUUUGCUUAGCUGAUUUUGUUGCUUGGUAUAAUUGUGUCAGAGAAAACCAAAACACAGAAAGUGAAACAAAAACUAGAAAUACUCCAAAAACAAAAGAAAACUACCUACCAGAAAGAAAUUUUGAUGACAGCGUUGAUGAUGAUCUUGAAAUUGAUAAUGAAAAUAAGGUUGAUGAAGAAGAGUACGAACUCAAAGGAGGAAUAAAACUUGUUAAACGUAAAAAGCCUAAGAUUAUUAGAUCUGUGCGCUUUCAUAAAGAAAAAGAUGCUGAAAACUAUUGUAGAGAACAGCUUAUGCUUUAUACACCAUGGCGAAAUGAACAAAAAGAUAUUAUAAAAGACUUUAACACAUACGAAGACUGUUUUGAAGCCCAGGCUAGUAUAAAUGAAAUAAGAUGUCAAUAUGAACACAAUUCUGAGUUACUUGAUAAAGCUAUGGAAAAUAUAGAACGAAUUGAAGAUGAUGAUGAAACAAACGUAGCGCCUAACGCACAACAUAUGAAUGAAAAAGAUAGGCUGGUUGAGAAGAAAGCUAGUGAAAAACAUGGUUGCUUUGACCCAGGUAAAAACAAGCAGCAUAGUCAGUAUGAAUUACUUGAUGACAUGGGAAUAUUUCCUAGAAGUAAUGAUCAGGAAGAUCUGGUUGUAAAACGCAUGGAAGAUAGCGAAUUUAGAAAAUUAGUAAGAUCRCUUAAUWGGAAACAAAGGCAAUUCUUCUACCAUGUAUUGCAUUCUAUURAAACCAAAGAUGAACAGUUAACACUAUUUUUGACAGGAGGUGCAGGAGUAGGAAAAUCAACAGUUACAAAUGCUUUGUAUGAAGCCCUUAUUAAGUAUUUCAACACUGUUCCUGGUGAGAAUCCUGAUGACAUAAAGGUUAUUAAAGUUGCUCCUACUGGAAAAGCUGCCUUCAACAUUAAGGGAAAUACUCUUCAUUCAGCUUUUAAGAUUCCUGCAAAUAGAGGCUUUGACUAUUGUACACUUGAUAGAGAUAGACUAAACACUAUAAGAGCACAAUUAGGCAGACUCAAAGUCAUAUUUAUUGAUGAAAUUUCUAUGGUUGGUAGUGGAAUGUUCAAUUUCUUAAACUUGCGUUUGCAACAAAUAAUGGGAUCACAUGACCCAUUUGGAAAUGUCAGCUUGAUAACUGUUGGUGACUUUUUUCAACUUAAACCAGUCUUUGAUAGUUGGAUAUUUGAAGCAAMAAAAGGCAAUAAUUAUGGACCAUUAGCUAAUAACAUGUGGCAAGAUCAUUUCAAAAUGUUUGAGUUGACAGAAAUUAUGAGACAAAAAGAUGAUAAACAUUUUGCUGAACUUUUGAAUAGGUUGAGAGAAGGUAAUCAUACUCAAGAUGACAUAAAAAUCUUAAAAAAAAGAAUUUUAAAAGAAAAUCCAUCAAGUGCCAAUUAUCCUAUGACUACAACACAUCUUUUUGUGAAAAAUGCAAGUGUAGAUGAACAUAACAACAGAAUAUUUUCUACUAAUAAAAAUCACAAAGCUGAAAUAAAAGCUGUUGAUAUCAUAAUUGGUGAUGUAAGUGACUCACUUAAAGCAAAGCUGAAGAAGCAAAUUCCUAAUGAUGCUACAAAGACAAUGGGACUGUUUUCAGUUGUAAACAUUGCUGUAGGA